CUUCAUUGACUCUCUCUCUCUCCUUCUCCCUCUAACACUGCUCCGUCUCUCUCUCCACUGCUGUGGAGCCCAUGGCUGGACCUGUGCUUUGCUGGCUUCAAGCUCUCCAAGGCUGGUCUUUUAUGGCGCUUGGCGCGGUGAGAGAGAGGGAGAGGUAGAGGUAGGGAGGAAGAGCUUCAGUUGGCGUAAUCUGCUCCUAUAAGUCAUUUCAAGAACGCCCAUUUCAAUUCUCUUUUAAUUCUGGGAUGCAAUCGAAAGUUCAAAACCCUAACGCCGUGUUCCUUUGUUGAUGUCGUAGAUCCGUGGAUCUAACGUCUUUGAACUGGUUUCAUUCUGUCGUUGGAUCUUCUUCUUCUUCAAUUCAAAUCUGUCUAGAAGGCCCUAAAAGAGUCAAGUCGUCCUUGCGCGUUGAUUACGUAUUGAGGUAGCGAGGACUGAGGAGAUUACACAAAAAAACAACUGAGGUUAUCUCAAUUUGGGUCGAGGUGGUGUUUUCAGGUUACUAGAUGUGGAGGACUUGGAGAGUGGUCUGGCUGAAAUGAGGUAUGUUAUCGGGGUUGAUGACAUUUCUGAGGGCCUGUUGGCGGCCGAGGUCGGAUCGAUAUGCUCAUGCAGGUUCAGACACGGGGGGUCGCCAAGAGGGGCUGCUGUGGUACAAAGACAGUGGACAACACUUGAAUGGUGAAUUCUCAAUGGCUGUAGUGCAGGCCAACAAUUUGCUGGAGGAUCAGAGCCAGGUUGAAUCGGGCAAUUUGAGCUCGAGCGAGUCCGGCCCAGUUGGCACCUUUGUCGGGAUCUAUGAUGGUCACGGCGGGCCUGAGACAUCGCGGUAUAUCAAUGAUCACCUCUUUCAUCAUCUCAAGAGGUUUACGUCGGAACAACACUCUAUGUCACUGGAUGUUAUAAAGAAGGCAUUUCAAGCAACAGAAGAAGGUUUUCUCUCUCUUGUUACAAAGCAGUGGCCAAUGAAGCCACAAAUUGCAGCUGUUGGAUCUUGCUGCCUGGUUGGGGUGAUCUGUGGUGGAACCCUUUACAUUGCUAACCUUGGUGAUUCCCGUGCUGUACUGGGAAGAGUUGUGAGGGCAACUGGGGAGGUUCUGCCCAUCCAGCUAUCAGCAGAGCACAAUGUGAGCAUAGAAUCUGUGAGACAGGAGCUAUUUUCCGCUCACCCAGAUGACUCGCAGAUUGUGGUUCUAAAGCAUAAUGUAUGGCGUGUAAAAGGCCUUAUACAGAUCUCCAGAUGUAUUGGGGAUGUAUAUUUGAAGAAGGCUGAGUUCAACAGGGAACCUUUAUAUGCUAAAUUCCGCCUUCGGGAACCUUUCAAAAAACCAAUAUUGAGCGCAGAACCAUCAAUUUCAGAGCAUCAACUGCAACCGCAUGAUCAAUUUAUUAUAUUUGCAUCUGAUGGCCUAUGGGAACACCUUAGCAAUCAGGAUGCUGUUGAUAUAGUUCAGAAUCAUCCACACAAUGGAAUUGCUAGGAGACUGGUUAAAACUGCAUUGCAAGAAGCACAAGAAAUAGAAGUGAAUACUCAAGAUUUGAGAAGAUUGCGUGGGGUACGCCUACAUUUUCCACGAUUACUCACGGUGGUUGUUUUGUUUCUUGACUCAAAUCUUGUGAGCAGGGCUGGCUCAGUCAAAUCCCCUAGUAUAUCUGUGAGAGGAGGUGGAAUUAGUCUGCCCUCUAACACUCUUGCUCCUUGCUCUACACCCACGGAAACUGGCAUUACAUCCUGAUGUUGCUACUUCUCAUGUUAUUCUCUGUUGUACUACUCUUGCUCCUUGCUCUACACCCACAGAAACUAGCAUUACAUCCUGAUGUGCUACUUCUCAUGUUGUUGUACUACUCUUGCUCCUUGCUCUACACCCAUGGAAACUAGCAUUACAUCCUGAUGUUGCUACUUCUCAUGUUGUUCUACUACUCUGUGUGUGAAUACAAGAUGGCCUCCAAUUCCAAACAAGAUAUGAGGAGCAGGCCUUCCAUUCUUUAAUGUACCCUGUAACGUCAAUGGCGAACUGAUACUUCUGAGUAGCUUGUUUUGUGCCAGAGUGGGGUGAAAACAAAAUCAAAAAGAAUUGGGGAAGGAAACUUAAGGUGACAGUUAUUAUAGAUCCUCGGUACAAGUUAUUUCACCCUUUUUUUUCCCCUUUCCUUUUUUAUUUUUCUCUUUCUUCUUCUGUGGGUCUUCGCUUUGGUAAAUUGUAAGACAUGGCAAUCUACGUUUUCCUUCCCUGUGCUUGUUUA